GUGUCUAUGGCUUGUGUAGUUUACGAACGUUUGACGGCUUUGGAUUGUAAUAACUUGUUAUUUCCUUUGAAAGUUAAUUAUAUUUCUAUCGUUUCUCUUAUUCCGAUAAUGAAAACUGUUAAGAUUCUUUAGCCAUGUUGAAUCAAACGUCCACGGAAGCGCUACUUUCAGCAACUUACGUUGAAAAUUACUUAGAUUGCGUUGAAAAUUUGCCUAAUGAUUUGCAACGACAAUUAUCGCGUAUGCGAGAACUAGACGUGACUUACAGAGAGUGCCUCCGUGAUGCUGAAGCAUAUUUAGCAGUUUGUAUAGGGCCCACAACUGAAGAGCGUCGCCGUGGUAGAGCAGCGUUACGACUUCAAGCAGCUCUAGUUGCAGCGCAAGAGAUUGGCGAUGAAAAACUACAGGUUGUUCAACUCCUUCAAGACCUCAUUGACAACAAGCAACGAUCACUCGAUGCUGAUCAUAAGAAACUGGUUUCUUCUUUGGAAGUUACGACAAAUGGCACAGUUAAAGAAGAGUCACCUCAAGCAUCGGAGUCUAGGUCUAAUGACAAGGACACAAGUACACAAGUGCAACAGCAUCACGCACCACCUCCCCAAACCCCAGAGAGAUCCAGUGAUAAAGAGAAGGAAAAAGCAGAUAAAGAUAAGUCAGGAGGAGAACGCUGGUCAAAGCGUGCGAGGCGGUCACGUACUAACGUGAGCACAGCAACUGAUGGGGCUGAUUCCGGUGAACGUGAUAGUGAGAGACAUUCGCACAGUACUACACAUAAAAAAGGUAUAGGAAAGAAGAAAAAACGUAAAGCUCGGCAAGCAGCACAACGCUCAGAAACUCCCCCUGAGGAAACAGAUCCAAUAGACCCAGAUGAGCCUCGCUACUGCCUUUGUGACCAAAUUUCGUAUGGCGAGAUGAUCCUAUGUGACAACGACCUCUGCCCAAUUGAGUGGUUCCAUUUUUCCUGUGUCUUUCUCACAACCAAGCCAAAAGGGAAAUGGUUUUGCCCGAAGUGUCGUGGUGAUCGUCCAAACGUAAUGAAGCCUAAAGGACAAUUUCUUAAAGAACUCGAACGUUAUAAUAAAGAAAAGGAAGAAAAAGCAUAGCGAUUGUUCAAUCGCUAGUGAGAUGACUUGAUUAUACUUGACUCAGCAAACUUUGUAUAUAUUUUGAAGCUGAAUCCUACAUUCAAAAAGUAUUCAUUUUAAUCACGAACCGAAUAUAAAAAGCAGCUUAAAUGAAUUAAAAUACUUGGUUCUUAUUUUGUAUUAAUAAAAUAUACAUAAUAGACGUCAUGACAAUAUUACAAAAUGAGAGAACAAUAUGGUUUAAAUUAUAUUAAUUUAUAAUCGGAGUUUAUUAUUUAUAUUAAAUUUAAACUAGGAAUUUAGUACAUAUUUCAAUUACAAACAUAAAAAUAUAUUAAAUAUUAAUAAAGUAAGAAUAAUCGUAGUCAUCUCACAUAAUGUAAACUAAAACAGACUAUUGCUUUACAAACUUAAGUAUUUAUAUGUGAUGAUUAUUAAAAUGUUAUUCAAAUUUUAUAAUGUAAAAAAAAAUAUUCUUUAUUGCCGGUUGGAAAGAAUAGAUAAAAAGGUUUCGUUUUUAUUAAAAUAACUUAUUUUCGCAAGAAAUUUGUAUAUAUUAUGAUAUUGUUCUCGUUAUGAAGAGAAUUUUAUGACAUAAUAUAAAUAACGUCAAAUUUUAAUGCAAUAAUGACUACUCUACAGAAAGAAGUUUUCUACUGCAGUUAAACUUAAACAUUUUAUUUCUUAAAUUUAAAUAUAAGAUUUUUAAUUA